AUAAAACAAAAUGCUGAAAGCUUCAAAAUCAAUUUCCGUGGAAGACCUUCACCAAUUUUCGGACGAGGAAUAUGUGGAGGCAAAACAAAAGAAGAUUCCAGGAAGAAUGAGGUGGUACAUCUGUGCAAUAGUUACGGGAUUGAUGACUCUUGUUCAAGCAAAUGUUCAUGUUUAUAAUUUUACGGUUUUAUGUAUGCAGGAAGAACAGGAAAAGGCAAAUAAUGAAAGCCUAUCAAGAAACGAGACAAUUCUCCCAUCAUCCUUAAACUUUAACUUUUCAAAAUUCGAGCAAGAUCUUCUAUUCUCAGCUGCCUACAUUGCUCCACUACCUUCUAUUAUCAUUUUAUACUUUUUGACCAAUAGAUCCGGAGUUAAAACAACAUUCCUGAUCUGCUCGAUGCUCUCAUUCCUAUCCACGAUCCUCACGCCAAUCGCUACUCAGUAUGGCUUUUGGUUCUUCUGGGCGGCUCGCUUCUUCCAAGGACUUCCAACUGCAAUUCUUGGAAUCGUUGUCUCCGUGGUGACAUGUCACUGGUCAACUCUCACUGAAAAUGGAACAUAUGUAUCUAUUCUGGCAGCUCACUACCAAAUUGCUCCACUGUUAACCAUGCCUCUGUCAGCUUUGAUGUGCAGUGUGGGAGGAUGGAGUUCAGUUUAUUAUACUCAAGGAACUAUUACAGCUAUUCUGAUUGUCUUGUUUGCUGUGUUCUACACUGACAAACCAUCGGAGAGCAAAUUUGUUUCAAAGGGAGAGCUGAAGGCAAUUGAAGAUGGGAAAUCAUUGGAAGAGAAGCAUGUUGAGAAGAGUAAGACUCCAUUCGUCGCAAUUCACAAGGAUCCAGCUGUCUGGGCGAUUUGGAUCACAUCAGUUGGAGGAACGAUCGGAUUCUCCAUUUUCUUGCAAUACGGCCCAACUUAUCUCAAUAAAGUUCUUCAUUACAAUCUCUCGACUACUGGAUGGACUGCAGCAGUUCCUUACAUCUUCUCUUGCAUUGCCCGCAUUGUUGCUCAACCAUUGUCAGCCAAUUGCUCAUUCCUCGGAGAACGUCUUGCUGCAAUUGUCACCACUACAAUUUCCCAGGGCACAAUGGCCAUCUGCUUCCUUGUCCUCAUGUUCAUCCCACAGACAUGGUCCUCAGUCGGGCAACUCUGCUAUAGUUUGGUGAUCGUUGCCAAUGGACUGAAUGGAGUUGGAAUUACAAGAAGUGCUCAGCUGGUUUGCAAGCAGCAUAUGUCAUUUGUCUACACUGCUAGAGCAUUUUACAAUGGAAGUGUUGGAUUGUUCCUGCCAUUACUUGUUAACUUUGUUGCUCCAAAUGAUACACACAACGAAUGGACACGACUUUUCUUAAUCAUCUUCUGCAUUGUCUUCGUCUCCAAUCUGAUCUUCAUUGCCUUCUCCAGCACUGAACCAGCUCAAUGGACAAUAGGAACAUCUGAAGUUGACAAUAGAUCCGAGCAAGAUUUGGAAGAUCAAAAGAGUACUUCGACUACUGUAGAGAAAUUCUAAAUUCAAAGUUCAUUUUCCGACGUAGUCUAUCGUUUUAGACCUAGAAUUGAUUAUGUACAUUGCCCACCAAAAACCAAAAAUUCUUAAAAUUGUUACGGGUUCAAUUGAAUUUGACAAACAAACUCCCCCCUCACUGCUUUGCUUCAACAAUUAUACAUCUCAUGUUUAUAUUUUUUUCUUGUUUAAUUGUUUACGAUUGUGUAUAAAUUUGUACGAAAUAAAACAUUUAAAAUUG